AUGGUUAAUUGUUCAAGGAAGGGUUGGUUUUUAAAACUAGAUGAUUCAUUGUGGACCUACCGCACUGCAUAUAAAACUCCCAUUGGAACAACCCCCUUUUGUUUGGUUUAUAGGAAAUCAUGCUACCUCCCAGUCGAGCUUGAACACAAGGCCUAUUGGGCGAUUCAAACAUUAAACUUUGACUUAAAAGCCACUAGAGAAAAGAGGCUUCUACAACUCAACGAACUAGAUGAAAUUAGGCAAGAUGCCUAUGAAAAUGCCAAGAUCUUUAAGGACAAAACCAAAAGAUGGCACAACAAGCGCAUAACCAGGAAAGAAAUCAAGGAAGGAGACCAUGUCCUACUAUUCAACUCAAGGCUAAAGCUCUUCCCAGGAAAGCUAUGUUCAAGAUGGUCCGGACCCUUCAAGGUCACUCAAAUCUUCCCAUAUGGAGUAGUUAAAGUAUGGAGUGAAACCUCCAGUGCCUUCAAGGUUAAUGGGCAGAGAUUGAAGCCAUACUUCUCAGAAGACACAAUUGAGAAAGGAUUCACACAAUCCUACAGUAAUCCUCCAAUCCAGUCAUAA